AGAAGAAGUGGUCCUCGCGAACGGACGUGUCGUCGCGUGUCGUUCGUAUGUGCAAGUUAUUUUAUUGUGCAGACUUGGUGUGAAAUACACUGAAUUAGGUGUAAAACGUGACUUAAAGCUACCGUUAAUUGCUUGCGAGCGGGAAGAUAGCGUCGUCCAAGAUGGCGGACGACGAGCAGUUCUCUCUGUGUUGGAAUAAUUUUAACACAAACUUGUCAGCGGGAUUUCAUGAAUCGCUGCUACGGGGCGAUCUCGUGGACGUGACGCUUGCUGCCGAGGGUCAGUUAGUGAAAGCACAUCGGCUAAUUUUAUCAGUAUGUUCGCCAUAUUUCCGGAAAAUGCUAACGCAAGUGCCCGCAACACAGCACGCAUUCAUUUUCCUUAAAGAUGUCAGCCAUUCAGCGUUGAAAGAUCUCAUACAGUUUAUGUACUGUGGGGAGGUAAAUGUGAAGCAAGACGCCUUACCCGCCUUUAUCAGCACAGCCGAGGCUCUGCAAAUAAAAGGACUGACGGAGACGGGAGACAGUGCUCCAGCUCAACAGUCUCCUGCCAAAGAAGUAAUAGCUGCACCACCGGCGACAAUCAGCGUCCCUAUCGCUACCGCCACCGGUGGAUCUCCGCGGACGAAAGUACAACGUACCCGAGUACACUCCUACAAACUCGAAUCGGAAGAGAGUGGUGAUGACAAAGUACAAAUUCAAGCCGGAUCCUCCCACCAUGUCACCGCGCAGCAAGUUCAGCAGCAGACGCAACACACGACCACGCAAAAGCGCACCCUGCAACAGCGUACCGUAAUACCGAUCCAACCGAGCAAGCGCACGAAAUUGUCCGUCGCCUCUGUCGAGGCAUUGGAAGCACCGGAAGCCACCCCGCAGGUGCAGACGGUGCAAAUCGUGAAGCAAGUACUGGAACCGGACUACGUAGAAAUACCUAUCGAAUCGAUCAAUGCCAAGGCUGAACCGGAAUACGCGGACGAAACGGGAGAGAUCGAAACGGUCGAAACGGAAGCGGAACAGGAACACACUCUAACGGAACACGAACAGUCGGUCGAACAGGAACAGGCAGAUGACGAUGGAAACUACGUUGAGGACGAAUACGCUGAGAUGGGCAAGUUCGAGGAGUCUUACUUCACCGAAGGAGAGGACGCGAAGGCUGGCGCAUCUGGAUUCGGAGACUCGUACACAUCGGACGGUGGCACUGGCACGGAACAAUCGGCACAAGUGUUAGUCGCUGCAGCGAAAAAAGCGGAACCACUGAAGAUCCACAUUGCCGUUCCCAAGAGGCAAACGGUGGAGAUCCUCGAAGAAGUUCAUAUUACCGUUCCAACGAAGCGGCAUUCGUCGCUUCUGGAAAACAUCUUGCUCAGCGAUACCCCAGACGAGAGGAAACACAAGUUCCUCACCAGCCGCAAGGGUGGGGUACAGCUGAUACACGAAGAGUAUCUCUACCGAUCGAACCUACGCCGACAGGGCCGAGAAGGGGACAUCCUCUACUGGGAGUGCGUGCAUAACCGUGGAACCAAGUGUCGCGGUCGGCUGAAAACGGUCGGCAAUACCAUCCACAAAUCCAACGGUAAAGUGGAGCACAACCAUGAGAGCGAUAAAAAACGUAUCGGAGACGCUGUGCAAGCAGGUACCGUUGUGUUAUUGAACAUUAACAAAUUGUGAAGCAGUUCGUCCGCCCGCCCCGUGAGUACUGCUGGAAAAGGCUGAGGGCUGAUCUAUCCGCGAAAGCCGGGGAAGAAAAUCGUUGAAAAAAAAACAAUUCACAAUUCAGGUUCUGAAAUGAAAAGUAUACUCAACAAGAGUGUAUAAACAAGAUUUAGCUGUAAUGUAGUAAAGAAGUCCGGGUGAAAUGGGGAUUAGUCUAGUGGGAAAACCCGUUCGAAAGACGACUCAGGAGUGUUCGGAACAUACUCGCAGUGUACUGGAUUUUAAUAAAGGUCCCUUGUAGAAGAGAACUGCGAAAACACCAACGUGUGGGAAAAAGCUUCCUGUUUGACGAUCUUCUUUCUACCCAUUAAGGGAUACGGAAACUUUUUCCCCUGGUGGCAAGUCCUCUUGUAUCGGGAAGGAGUGAUUCGAAACGCUCAUGGGUCCAUUUUCUAACAUCGAAAAAGCAACGCAGAAAGAGCCUAUCAGAACCUUAAUGGGUAUCGAAGAGAAGGGAAUCUUGUUCUCCAGGUCCGAACGCAUAAGCACAAUAGUUAUGAUGCUCUUGUUCUAACCACCAAAAACGGUUUAAGAACAGACAGGUUUUCCCGCAGCAGGAGCAGAGUGUGUCCAGCACACGAACGUGUUAACUUUUAGGGAGAAUGGUUGGCCUUCGUUCGUUGGCUACAAGAUGGCAGAUGAAACUAAUUAUAACAUGAUACCUAGGGGAGAUAGAUUAAAACACAUUUAUCAAUAUCUUAAUAUUUAAAAAACGUGAACAUUUAUAAGGAAUAAGACAGUCGUGGAAGUGUUGCAACCGAACUCUGUUAAUUCUGCAAGUGAAAUACAAGCGAACAAGAACGUUUGGUGCGCACGAUGAUGCGGCACGAAAUUCU